AGACAGUGUGCACUCAGUCUAACGCAGUUUUUGUAUUUCAGUGAGGCGCAGCUGCUGUUUCGACUGCAAGUGAGUCUGUGCGGAGUUUGCACCGCUUUCAAAGGGAAAAGGAAAAGAAAACGACGUCCUGUCGCCCGCACAUGCAAAAAGAAAUAUACUGCCCGCACGUCUCAAACGGUUACUCGGCAACGUGUGUUGUCGCAAAUAUCACCUAGAAAACUGUCCACUAAAGGGUUUAGAACUCCGCCCCACUCGUACUCCUACAAAUUAAAGAUUGAUUUCUGCCGUGAGAGAACCAACGGUCAGAUGCACGAACAGCGUCGUGAUGCACUGACGGAGGACGAGGUUGAAGCGGCGCCGCAGCUGCCGCUUACGGAUGGCCGCUACUUCGCCUGCCGCCGCUGCCGCCGCAUUCUCUCUGAGGCGCAGUGGUUCUCAGCGGGGUGUGUGGAGUGCAGCUCCACGAUGGGCGUGCCAGACCGUGACAACUUACUCGACUUCGCCACACCGCACUUCCACAACUUCAUCGGUCUCAUCGCACCAGGUCAGUCAUGGGUGGCUCGCCUCAUCAUGAAGAGCCGCGCCGAGACGAACGGCAUCUUUGCGGAGACCCUCUCAGACGACGACACAGAUGGUGACGAGGAGGAGGUGGAAGACGCUUUUGGAGAUCGAUACGUAGGGGACGAGGAGGUAGAGGAAGAGGAAGCGCCUGAGGCCGCGCUGGCUGCGGAUUCGGUGGAUUACCUUCACAGCGACUCUGCCGAGAAGGAUCGUGAUGCGACACCGGCCCCGGAGCUUUCUCCUGCACCGGCGGUGACCGAGGCAGUUGCCGGGAAGACGGCUGACGUGACUAACGCGGUGGAGGAUAUUGCUUCGAGGGAAGUGAAGCGGGUUAAAACGGAGAUAGAUAGCGAGGUGUCACACGCCGCCGCCGAUGCGCCGCGCGAUGAGCCUGAUGCGUGA